AUGCCUCCAUUGUUCCCUCCAUCCAUCACGAAAACAACUCCCGACGCUGGGCCCCAAGUCAGUGUGUGGGAGUGGAAAACGACCGCUACAGGGCCGAGCGGCAGACGCCCCGGCCCCCCGAUCAGUUCGCCCACCCCCGCCGACACCAACGUGAAGACCCGAAAGCCCAUAUACAGAUUGCGAGAGCCCCACCAUGAACCGAGCCCAACAUCCGGAGAACAGCGGGAGAUGCAGAUGAACAAGCCCCACAUCCAUUCCUACAUGUGUUCCCCCACAUCCUACAAGCCUCCUCCUGAGCAGCACAGUGCAAAGUCAUCUACCCUCAGACCGCAUGAGACAACACCCAGAACGACUAUGAAGUGGAGCCAGGCAGCCCCUGUAAAAUACAUUGUAGGAGCCACCACAAUUGGCACACAUGCAUGA